GCUUUGUUCACGCGAUGACAAUUAUAGCUAUACUGCGUUAGUUCUGAGGACGUGAAAAAGCGCACGUUUCAAUUGAAUUACCUCUUUGUAUGUCAAAGUAGGUCUCGAACUGCAGUCUACUUUCUGUUCCUUUUCCUUCUCGUUUUUACAUCGCUCAAAAGCCGUGAACUUUCUCAAAAACAGUUCAAAAACAACAGUCAGAAACACCAUUGUACAAGUGCAAUGGCUCUACAAGCAACGACUCGAGUUGUGCGCUUGGCAAUGAAAACAAGACCUGUUCUGAGUAUUCCUGCUUGUCAGCGAACUGCAACUAGAAGUCUCUUCUACACACAGCGAAAACGACCUUCCACCACAGAAGAGAACAUUAUUUUUCUUACUGGAAUUGGGUCCCUGGCUGCCAUGAUUGGCUUUGGUCUGAAUUUAGGAGUUUUCAGCAUCAAGUUUAACGUUAAAGAUCCAUGAAACAACGAAGUUGAAACUGAACAGUUUGCCAUUCCRAAAAAAUCCUGGGUAGAGUUGGCAUUGCAGUGCAUUGUGGGCUGUUUUAGGGGACAUUGGCAUCUAUUUUGUUUCGAUGCCUAAAACAGCCCCAAAAUACACUGCGAUGCCAGCUCAACCCACUCCACAUCCCCCCUCUCCCCCACCCCUUCACCACUCAACCUAGGAAUGGCCACUUGAAGAAAGAAUAUAGACGAAUAUAAUGAUUCAGUUAUUUACAAUUGUUGAUGUAAAGACUAGUUUUGUACUUAUUUAAUGAUGUUACAUUUGUUAAAACAAGAUAUAUGUUUGACAUACAGAUUUGUAAUUAUUUUAGAUUAAGAGUAAAAUUUCCCUAUCAUCAUUGCGGUGGUUGGACACAUAUUUACGUAAAUCUUGUGGUAAAUAAAUAGAAAAGUUUUGUUAAAGAAAAAUAUAAAUAAAUWAAUGAAGACAACAUAUGACUGGUCUAUAAUAAUUAGAAUAAUUAGUUUACCACACUAAAAAUAAAGUGAUUUUUCUCACUCUUUGCGACCAGUUACGGCCCGCCAGUUAACAUUUGGGCUCCCUGUGUAAACGGCCAGCAUCCUUCGCCAAUCUACGCAUGUCCGAUUUUCCCCGGAUUCUUUUUCACGUGGAAAAAAAAAAACUCUCCGUAUUUUUACCAAACUAACCAAGAUGUCUCUAGUUUCCUGCAGYCGAUUUCUACGUCCUUCAAUAGCAAGGCUAAGGCCUGCACUCUCUUUCCAAAGACACUGCAGAUUGCGUAAUUUCAGCAGUAUUCAUAGUAAAAAUGAUCAAGGGAAAGAUAGUAUGUUUGUAGUGAUGGGUCUUGGGUUAUUAGGAGCUACAACUGCAAUUAGUUUAUACUCAGGUCUCUACAACCCACGUCGACUUCCAAACCAAAAAGAUGAAAAGGUUGUAGUGACUGAAGAUGCUGUAGAGAAAGAAGACAARGUAGCUGAAGAAGAGACAGACUCUGCUCCUGAAGUAGAAACAACUGGAACAGCAACAGAAAACAAUGACGAUACAGCAUCAGUGGAAAAAAAUGAAGGAAGUUCUCAGCUGUCAUCAUAUGUGGAAGUAGAGCUGCCUCCUUUGCCUGAGAUCCCUGAAAGUGUGCCCUACAUUUUGGUUGGCGGAGGAACAGCUUCAUUUGCAGCUUAUCGAGCAAUCAGKAAGGGUGAUCCAAAAGCACAGGUUUUGAUAAUUGGUGAUGAAGAGCACCCUCCAUAUAUGAGACCACCACUCUCCAAAGAAUUCUGGUACAGUGACGAUGACGAGGCUGUUGCUAAGUUACAAUUCAAACAAUGGAAUGGCAAAGAAAGAAGCAUAUUAUUUGAACCAGAAUCUUCCUACUGUUCACCUCAAGAACUUCCAACCAUGGAAAAUGGUGGCGUGGCUUUUUUGAAACAGAAAAAGGUUGUUGCAGUUAAUCCAAAAGAAAAGAAAGUAACUCUCGAAGAUGGAAAAGAAAUAACAUACGGAAAGCUACUUCUAGCAACUGGUGGUGCUCCAAAAAAUAUUCCAGUCUUUGAAAACGCUAGCGAAGAUAUAAAGAACAAAGUUACCUUAUUCAGAAAAAUAAUUGAUUUCCAAGAACUGGAAAAGAUAACCAAAAAUGCCAAAUCCGUUGUUAUAGUUGGUGGAGGAUUUUUAGGCAGUGAGUUGGCUUGUGCUCUUGGACAUAAAGCAAAGACGAGUGACAUGGGUGUUACCCAGAUAUACCCAGAAAAAGGAAACAUGGCCAAAGUUUUGCCUAAAUACUUGAGUGAGUGGACUACAAACAAAGUUCGAAAUGAAGGGGUAUUUGUUGUACCAGAAGUGAAAAUAAAGAACGUAUCUUCAAAAGAUGGACAGGUUGAACUGGCACUGGACAAUGGAGAUAAGGUAGCUGCUGAUCACGUGAUAGUUGCUGUUGGACUGAGCCCCAACGUCGAACUUGCGAAGACCGCUGGCCUAGAAGUCGACAGGGAGCUUGGUGGAUUCCACGUCAACUCAGAAUUAGAAGCGCGUUCAAAUAUAUGGGUGGCUGGAGAUGCCGCCUGCUUCUAUGAUCCAAAUCUUGGACGUAGGAGGGUUGAGCAUCACGAUCAUGCAGUGGUCAGCGGUAGGCUUGCCGGGGAGAACAUGACAGGCGCGGGUAAACAUUACUGGCAUCAAUCCAUGUUCUGGAGUGAUUUAGGCCCAGAAGUGGGAUACGAAGCCAUUGGUUUAGUUGAUUCUGGUCUGCCAACUGUAGGAGUCUGGGCRAAAGCUACAAAGGCAGACACACCCAAAGCUGUUGUAGAAGCUACUGGUGAAGGCGUCCGCUCAGAGACUGAAAAGGCUGCCGAAACACAAACAACACAAAAGAAAUAUAAAGAAGUGACAAUCCCAAAAGCAGAACCAACAGAAAAGGAAAAAGAAGAGUUUACCAAAGGAGUGGUGUUCUACAUGCAAGACAAGAAGGUUGUUGGUGUGGUCCUGUGGAAUGUGUUCAAUAAAAUGUCAAUCGCUAGAAAGGUUAUCAAAGAAGGAAAGGCCUGGGGUGAUUUGAAUGAGUUGGCAAAGUUAUUCGACAUCCAUGGCAAGAAUGAAUAAAAUGAGGUGAAAGAUGUCUAGGUAAAAUCUAUUUAAAAAAACCCACAAAUUUCAAAGAAAUAAUAAUAUUUUACAAUAACGUCAGGAACAACUAUCAUAUUGAAGUAUUUUGAAUUGGUUUGCCACUAUCUUUAUGGCGUUCAGUUUCCAAGCGUGUUUUUUUCUUUAAUGUUUUGGAGUUUUUUGGUCUUUGACUUCAAAUAUCGAUGAACUAAAAUCUUCUGUACACUCACCCUCCAUUCAUAAUGGCUGCAAGAAAAAGGAGCCAGUGUUUUCUCAAGCUCAGCUGCAGCAAAACGCUAGGUCAGAGUUGGUCGAAACGAUCUUAAGUAGGGAGUGAAAUAUGGUGAUUUUUGCGUAUCUUACUGCAGUUUUCAAUAUUCUACAAACUCGGUAAUUACAAGCUGCACGCUGAAAUUUGGUUUUUCGCUGCCGUCAAUCAAAAAUAAUCAGUCGGUACCCUUUAUGAUCUUGACUGGCGGCAGUGAUAAACCAAUKUCACAAUAAGCCGUUAAAAUGUCUGAGCUCGCAGAAUAUGGAAAAUCGCGGUAAAUUACCGYGAGAAAAGAAACCAUUGCUUAGCAAAAUGAAAUGAAGUUGUAUAAAGGUUUUUGACACUUCGUAUUAAGCUACAUGCUCAUAGUUUGACAGACGAUUAAAAUUGUUGAUUGAGGAGAGAAUUCAAUCCGUCUGCUGGUUAAAUGUAGUUGAUAGAUAGAAAAAAGAGAGAGAAGUGAAGUYGUGGCAUUUUGAUUUUCCAUGCCAUGUAAAUUAUUUCGUAUUAAAGAAACAUGGUGAGCGAAGGUAUGCUAUGAAGGUAUAUUACUAUUCUUAGUGUUAUACGAGAAAAAUCGAGAUUAAAAGAUCAAAUGUUUUGA